UCGUUUAUAUUGUGCGAUGGAUGUCCAGCUUCGCCACCCUGCAAAUGUCAAUCUAUAGCCAUAUUCUGUGCCAACUUGAAUCUUACUUCCGUUCCGGACUUUACAAAUCCCAUUGGCAAUGAUUCGGGGUGGGAUCUUGAACUACACGAUAAUGAAAUAACACAAAUACGUUAUGGUGACUUAAAAAAUUUGAAACUACGCAGGUUAUUUCUCUCAAACAACAAAAUCAAUGUGAUCGAGAAUGGAGCAUUAACCGGAAGUGAAGACUUUCUACUCGUUCUUCAUUUGAGCAAUAACAAACUGACAUCUAUUCCAUCAGAUGUUGGCAGACUAAAACAUCUAACUGAUUUAGAUAUACAUGACAAUCCUAUGGAGAAUAUGAAUGAAGAAAUUAUUAGAAACAUAUCAGGUUCUUUGUUGUCCUUAAGUUUAGGUAACGAUAUAAUGACAUCUUGGCCACAAUGUCUUGAACGCCUCACAAAUCUAACUUCAAUGUCAAUCUUCAGCUUGAAUAUUCCCAAAAUAUAUGAUGACGUAUUUGACAAUUAUAGCCACUUGAAUAUUCUUGAAAUAAUUUCAACGAAUCUAUCAAGUAUUCCUACAUCUAUUGGAAAGCUUCUAAACCUACAAAAUGUCAACUUAUACAAUAACCUAAUUCUGGCGGAAGAGAGUUUUCCUCUACAUAUUUUCCGGGAUUUACACAAUCUUUCGAGUAUAAGCAUCGUAAACUGUAGUUUGAGAUCACUUCCUUUAACUUUUUCCGAAAUUUCUAGUUUGUCAUUCUUGGUCAUUGAAAAUAAUCCGAUUUCGUAUGUUGAAGACGGUGUGUUUGAAAGGAAUGUUUCUUCUAAAGUUUGGUUUAUGGCUCUUAAGACUACAAAGCUAACGAGCAUUCCAAGGACAAUAUCAAAUUUAACAGGUCUGCAAUUUCUAAAUUUGAAGAAUGGUCUUAUCGAAGAAAUAAAGACAGAGGAUUUCCAAAAUUUAAAGAAGCUUGAAAGAUUGUUCCUAUCUGGAAAUCCCAUAAGGAGUAUAUCUGAGGAAGCGUUGAUGGACCUGGAAUCCCUUGAAUCGUUAAUACUUGAUAAUACCAAUCUAACUACAGUACCAACAGUAGUAUUGAAUCUUCCGUCCAUAAUGGGUCUGAGUUUAGAAAAUAAUGGAAUUAUGUGUACAUGCAAAACUUUAAGAUGGAUGAAAGACUGGCCUCGUUUGGCUAAAGUCUUAAUUGUAGGAAGCUGUGUCAAUAUUAGAAUAACAAUCACAGAUUAUAUAAAACAAGAACUUCCUAAAUGUGAGUUAUAG